AGCAUGCUGUGUGCGCUUCGUUCCGCGUGAAACUCGGUGUGCUUUCCGUACGAGUCCGUUCCCAUGUUCGACGAUUGCUAGGUGAGCAAGCAAGCGUGCGGAAUUCAAAAGAAAAAGUAUCCAAAACAACCCCUAGCAACCUAGUUGCGUGAGUGAGUGCAUGCGUGCGGGUACGUACGUGACAAGAAUUGCAAGUAGCCGCAAGUGAGCCCUACAAACAGAGGUUUUUUUUCCCUUCCUUCUGUAAACGUUUACCAUACCGGCGUGUCUUUCGUUCUACGCGUGAUCUACUGGCGCAGAACUUGCGGGAGUUCCGGGAGUAAAAUGCAUAUGCAGUCGGAUAGUUGUAAAAGAAUAGAAAACGAAACCGGCACAAGUGUUGUAGCUGUUUUUCUGCAGAUGAAAUGCAGUUCGAGGAAAUGAGUGCACGUGCAUGAGCGUUUGUUAUUUAUUUGUUUUCUAAAGGUGCCAGCCACGGAAAACAAGCUUCAUUACCAACGAUUUGGAUGUGCUGGAAGCUUAGAUUCUAACGUCACGGCACAUUAAUCAUCAAAAGAGCCAACAAAACUAGUGUUGAUCGUUCCAUGACGUAUGGUUGAAAUCGCUAACUACGUGGAUGUGUGAAAAUAUUCAGUGCUUCUGAUGCGAUAUUCAGUGCUUCUGAUUCUGAAGCGUACACCGGUUGACAGUUUUACAUGUCUAAUGCAUGAUUAAUGUUUUUUCCCUGUGUAUUUUGUUCUGUUUUGUUCUUGAUACCCAUACACAGGUGCAUGUGAUUGGUGUGAGGCACGCGUGUGUUGUGUUUAGGGGUGCAGCAACAUUGCAGCCGAUAAACGAGUGCAAUUGUCGGUAUACGAUUGUGUGCGAGUUGGUGGACAUAUUCUCGACCCGUUCGUCGUCAACGUUACUGGGUGCAAUUGGCCUUUGUCAUUCGCACUUUUGGGUCCGGGUCUCUCUCGAUGUUGACCAGUGUCCGGGUGGUGUUUCAAUCGAAGUGUUUGUAAUUCUAACCCUUGCUAACCUCAUCGGAGGAGCUACGAAGUUGUUGGCGAUACGAGACCAAAACAUCGUUGUGAAGUUCGUCGUAAGAAGCUCAACUGACACAAACUGAACUAUGGGCAGUACUGGUUACACGUGCAUAAGGCGGACAUUUUGUUCCUUCAAUAUCCUCAUAUGGCUCUGCGGUAGUGGAUUCCUAGCGAUAGGCGUGUGGCUUCACUUUGCCUAUCCAGGGUAUGCCACACUACUACCCGACCAUGCCGUACUCAGCGCUGACUGCAUGUUCAUAACGGUCGGUGUGGUCAGCUUCGUGAUCGCGUUCUUCGGAUGCUGUGGGUCUUGGUUCCAAUCAAGAUGCUUCCUAGUUAUUUACUUCACACUGGUGGUACUAUUGUUCCUCAGCGAGUUCUUGCUAGGUUCGUUGGCGUUUGUGUUCCGAGGAGGCAUUGGACGUAUGUUGACACAGGAGCUAAAGUAUGGCAUCGAGAAGCACUACAAUGUGUCGGAUCGUGGAGGUUUCCUAACUCCUUCCGUUGCUGCUAUUUGGGAUAACCUUCAGGUGGAUCUACAAUGCUGUGGAGUAUCAUCGUACGAAGAUUGGUACGAUAUCAGUGCUUGGCCCAGUGAGCGAUGGGUGCCACAGUCCUGCUGUCGCUCUCAGUAUGGAUCAAUGUUUUCGGAAGGAUCUGGUGAUGAGCUAGCAAACGUCGACUGCCGAAAAGCUGGAAAUCCUGCACUCCUAUGGGAUAAGAGCUGCGGUCAGAUUCUUCAGAUGUGGUUCGUACAGCGACUUCACAUAGUGGGCACGGUUGUAUUAGUAAUAGGCUUCCUACAGUUGUUCGGUCUGAUAUCAUCCAUGCUACUGUUCUGUACCGUCAAGCACAAACGUUCCUCGAAAACGUACAAAUCCUAUUCACCUACCGUGGACACCACACUCAACCGCAAUGGCACUAGCCCCACCUACAUGGACAUGGACUGACUGUAUGACUGAGGAUGAUUGGUCUUCAGUGGAUUGAAAGCUCAAUCACACUCACCAACCAUCAUCAUCCAGCAUAAUAGUAUCACAACACGAUAGAACAACAAUACUCACCAGUCUUGAAACGGGAAACGUAGCUGAACGGCUUCCCAUAGUUCGGGAAGCAGUGGCUAAAUGGUUGUAUAUACGUGCGGAGGAGUGCACGUGUGAUCUUUGCUGCAUACAGUAACAUCUGUAUGUCUAACGAUUGUGCCAAAAAGAAGCGGGAAAUUAAGCGAAUCCACAUAACAAUCCAUUUUAAAUUGAACGAUAAACACGACUCGCAGGAAAAACGUUAGAGCGACCAAAAUGGAAACCAAUUAUAGUUUAUAUAGUACGACACACAAAAAGGGACACACUCCCUGAUUUGUGAUCGAUGUAGGGUGCUCUAGCUGUAGAACGUAGAAUACUGCACAGUUUUAUUUAUACAAAUCUGAUUUAGAAUAAGGCUUUCUGGCCAACCUUCAUUCCGCGCAACUGCCUACCAAAACUACCAAAAACGUUAAACUUCCUUGGAGUUGAGUGAGGAUAAAGUGAAAAGUAAGAGGAUCGCCUCGUAAAACGACCGUUACACAUUCCCGAACGAUUACUCAGAAAAUAAUCUGCAUGAUAGAACGUUAAGUAUUUACAGUACGAAUAAAUUACUACAA